AUGAUAUCAACUUCCGUUUGGACGCCUUUGCCUAGAUUUGGAUAUGGGUUUGCUAUUUAUCCUUUUACACCUGGAGCGCAAACAAAUUCGUCUGAUUCAACAAAAGAAAGGCCUCAAGAAGAUAUUCAAGACUAUCCUAAGGAAGAACUUCCGGAAAAGCCAAAAGAAACACCUGUACCUGAAGCUGCUGAAAAUAAUGUUUCAUCUGAUACAGCAUCGAUAUCUUCUGAAAAUUCAAAUUCGCACAUUAUAACAUAUCAAGUCACUCUUGAAGUAGGUGAUGAAGUAUACGUUUUUGAGGAACAAGGGGAUUGGUAUCGUGGUUAUGUCGUUUCUCAAUUACGCCAAACCGAAGAACCUCAGGUUUAUGUCGGAAUUUUUCCAAUGAAUCAUGUUUAUAUAAAAGAAUAUUUAGAAGACUUGGAAUUACAAGUAUAUGAUACACAUAGUAGCGAUUCUGCUCCCUUUUCUCCGAGAGGUGAACGAAGUAAUCGUCCUCCACCUCCUUUACCGUCUCUUAAAUGCGGCGAUGAUACAAUUAGUGGUAAAACUGAACCAUUGGUGGAUGAGAUUGCUAGCACAGUAAGAGAAUGGAGUAGUCUUUUACCAAAAUAUCUGGAAGAGCGAAAAUAUGACAUGUUCACAACAGUCAAGGAUCAAAUAAAUAAUUUAUUACAAGGACGUCGACAACUAUUAGCCCAAACCUUAUCUCAAGAUGAAUUAAGCAAAUUACGUAAAGAGCUUAUUAAUAAGUUAGUUUCCGGAAAUUUAAUUCAGGAUUUGGAUAUUAUCGUACGAAAUCCCGAAAGAGGUUUUUUAGCAGAUGAGACCAAUAUAUCUGCUAUUCGACUUUACCAAUUGCAGUCUCAAUUGUCACUUUUAAAUGUAGAUAAAUCAAAGUCUGACUCAAUUCUUAUGAGUCCUAUAAGUCCCUCUUCAUUAGCACCUUCCGGUAGUAGUUACUUCCAUUCCCAAAAUUCAGGUUCAGCAACCACUGACAAUAGUAGCCAUGCACCGAAAUUUUAUCAUGUCUUUUUAGAUCUAAAAGCUUGGGUUGCUUCCAUUUCAGCUCCCGGGGAAUAUACCGAACUUUAUUUUUCAUUAUAUACAAAAGCGGACUCAAAAUUUAUUACUGAGGAAUAUUUUAUUAUAUUGAACCAUAAUGGUGUUCCAAAAGAUGAAAGCAAAAUUGGCAAAAUUCGGACAAUUUUUACUGAUCUUUCGCCUCAUGACAUCCAGGAACAAAUUUAUCUUGUAUGCAGAAUUGUACGUACAGGAAGUAUGAAAUUAGCCGAUAAGGAUAAGGAAGUUACAAAAGAAGGUGGUUCAAUGACUUCAUUAUUUUCAAAAUCAUCAAAAGAUAUGGAUCAAGUUGAUCAAUUAUCACAAUCUAAUGGAAGAAUAACGCCACAAACUUUCCGUAGGCCGUUUGGUUGUGCCGUUCUCGAAAUAACUCAUCUUCUUCAAGGUAAAGAGAAGGAAACUCUCAGUGAGCAUGUGAUGCCCAUAUAUGUACCCAUUCAAGAGUCAACAUUUGCUACCCUACACGAAGAUAUUAUGCAUAAUCACAUUAAGGAGUAUGAAAAAUCUCCACGUGCUGAAAUGGUUAGUGUCUCACUUAGACCAUAUUAUGGCGAGACCACAACUAUUAUUAAAGAAAAUCCUGCGCUACUCCAAGAUAUUCCAAUCACAUCUCGCCUUGGAUUUGCUGAUGUUGUAUUUCCUGGGGAUACAAGAAAUGAAAUUUAUCUUAAACUUAUAUCAGGAGAUUUUACGCAAGGUCGCACUACAACGGCUAAAAAUGUUCAAGUGACAGCUGAAGUGAAGUUAAACACAGGAGAAACCUUAGAAAAUGUGAUAUCACAAGGAGCUGGUGAACCUAAAGUUUCACAAUUUGAAUCCCUGGUUUUUUAUCAUUCAAAUAAUCCUAUAUGGGGUGAAUUGAUUAAAUUAAAUAUCCCGGUAGAAUUAUUUGAACAGGCUCACGUAUUUCUUACCUUUCGGCAUCGUUCUACUAAGGAUAAAAAAGAGGAUAAAAUUUUCGCGUUUGCUUAUAUGCCCUUAUUUUCCGAAAAUAGGGCAUUUAUAAGUGAUGGUAAACAUUCACUUGUUUUAUAUAAAUAUGAUAAGCAAUGGACGAAUCCUUCUAUUUACCUCAAAGCACCAUGGUCUCCCACUGCUACAGUUUCUGAUACAGCCUCAACACAUUCUUCCGUAAAUUCACAUUCUUCACAUAAAAUGGUUCCUUCUUCUAAAGAUACUGUAGUAAUCUGGACAUUUUUAUGUUCGACAAAGUACACUCAAAAUGAAAUCCUCCUUAAAUUAUUAAAUUGGGAAAAGCAGCUUAUGUCAGAUGUAAACGAGAUAAUGCCGGUUUUGAAGAAAUUUACCUUUGUGAGUGAAGUAGAAAUAGUCAAAUUUCUCCAAGAUAUCUUUGAUGCACUUUUUGGUAUACUCGUAUCAACAAGAAAUCAACAAGGAGAGCUUGAUGAUUUAAUAUUCAAUGCCCUUGUUAUAAUCCUUGGAAUAGUGUCUGAUAGGCGAUUCAUGAAUUUUAGGCCAGUACUUGAUGUAUAUAUUGAAAAACAUUUUUCGUGUGCAGCCGCGUCUUCUCAUUUAAUACGUUCAAUGAAUCGACUUGUAUGUAAUCCGACAAGCCCAGAUAAUGCUCAAAGUUUGCGCUCAGCUAUAAAAGUUUGGCAAUAUAUUUUUAAGAUAAUAAUGCGAUCUCGCGAACUUCAGCGAACAAAAGAAUCCAAUAUGGGAUUGUCUGGUAAUUAUGUUGAAGAACAAUUCAAAGAAGAACUAUUUUCCUUAUUUAAAAGUAUUGAUAAGCUAAUGUCUAUAACAACACCUCAGUCUAUAAUUGGGACACAAACAUUAGCAUUACAACAUUUCGCUUCUAUUUUUACAGAUCUUGGAAAAUGCUUUACUCCUGGUGAUCUUGUACAAAUUGCAAUCCGUUUCACGGAAUCCGUCAGAUUGCCAAAGGGUAAAUUAUUAGCAUAUAAAUUAUUAGUUAUACUUCAAUUUUGUCGUGGACCUUUAUUUGAAAAUGCGGAAUCUCGCGCAACUCUUUUACGAGGAGUAUCUGAAUGGGUUAUAGAUCAUAUGGGUAAAUGGGAAAGAACUAGCAAACAAAAUGGUGAUAAUGACUCUGUAAGGAUGCAAUGGCAAGAUGGUAUUCGAUUAUGCGUGACCAUUAUUGCUGUUAUGUUAGAAAGUUUACAAUGCUCAAUUGAAAGAGCGACUGAUGAAGAAACUAAAGAGAGUGAAAUUGAAAAUGUUAAGGUUAUUCUACCACUUAUGAUGAAAUUAUGUGAGUCAUAUCGAGAGUUGCACAUUACAGCUGAUGAAAUACAUCCUCAACGAGAGCGAACAGCGUCUAGUGGGGCCGUAUUAUCUUCAGCAAUAUUUUCUUGGUCGUACUCGCUGUCUGGUGUUACUGCACCGACAUCGACAACGGGUUCAUAUAGAAGUUCAAAAGAAUUUUUACUCUCUCCAUUACAGAAUUCAUUUUCAUCAGGAUUAGGUGAAAUAGCUGCUGUCAUACUACAAAUAAUGUUUUUAUUAACUCAGGAACAUAUGAAGGAACAUUUUUUAUCUACUUAUUAUAGGGAAGGACAUGAAGCAACAGCAGAAUUUUUGAUUUUAUUAUUUCAAGUUUCUCGAUCUAUACUUUUAAAUGAAGCUUUCCCAGAGUCAUGGUUAAACAUGAAUAUAAUGGCUCAUAAAGUAUUUCUGAAAUUCCUUGAGCCUAUUUCAUCUUUAAUGGAAAAAAAUUAUAUCCCGGAUAAAGAAAUUCCAGAUACAUUCAAUGAACAAUUGUGGAAAGAAUAUUUUAACUGCCUAUUAUCUUUAUUGACAAGUAAACAUUUAGUAAUCGAAAAUUUUACUCCUCAGAAACGUCGUGCAAUAUGGCGUUUAGCUGGAGAUCUUAGAGGAAGAGCUGCAAAAUUAUUAUCUACUUUAUGGGAUGCUAUAGGAUGGGAACAUGGCAAAGAUGGUAAAUUAGGCGGAUAUCAAGUUCGUUUCAUUAAUACUUUAUUGGGACCAAUUUUAGAAUUAUGUUUAUCUCAUCAUGAUGAAUUACGUUCUGCUGCCAUAAAUGUAUUAUUCGGUAUGAUUGUUACUCAAUAUACAAUGGAUGAAGAUUUUAAACAAAUGGAAUCGGAUAUUAUUGAUACUUUAGAUAAAUUAUUUAUGUCUGAGAAUAAAGGAGAUGAAAUAUCACGAGCAUAUUUCAUAGUCCAAUUACGUAGACUUUUUGAAAAUGCUGCAGUUGAAGAAGCUUUACGUGAAACAGUAAUGAAGUUUUUAGACUCUCUUAGCGAAUUUUUGGAACUAUUAUUAGGUGUUCGCGAGUUACCGGAGGGACAAGAGUUUCAGGAUGAUCGUAUAAUGUGUACAUUGAAAUUGAUGAAAUUUAUAAAAUCUAUCGAUAGAGAACAAAUUUACAUUAAAUAUGUACAUCAACUUGUUCAAAUGCAAGUUCAUAGUCAUAACUUUGUAGAAGCUGCUUUGACUCUUAAGUUACAUUCAGAUUUAUAUGAUUGGGACCCAAAUUCAGAAGUUGAAGCAUUACCUGAAAUGGAUUUUCCAAAACAAUCACCUUUUGAUAGAAAGGAACGGUUAUAUAUACAAAUAUUAGACUAUUUUGUAAAGGGUAAAGCAUGGGAAUGUGGGAUUGAGAUAUGUAAGGAGUUGGCUCAUCAUUUUGAAUACACAACUUAUGAUUAUCAACGUCUCAGUAACAUAUUGAAGCAACAAGCCGUAUUACAUGAAAAUGUAAUCAAGAAAGAACGAUAUUUCAGUGAAUACUUCCGUGUAGGUUUUUAUGGUAGAGGAUUCCCCGCAAGUUUACAAAAUCGGCAAUUUAUUUAUCGUGGUUAUGAAUGGGAAAAGAUUGGAGCUUUUUGUGAACGUAUGCAAAAUAAGCAUCCCCAAGCAGUAUUACUGAAGUCAAAUAGUACUCCUUCUGAUGAAAUUCUUUAUGGAGAUGGUCAAUUUUUACAAGUUACUGCUGUUAUGCCUGAACCUAACAGUAAUCAUCCUGUUUUCAAAGGAGAUGUUCCUUCAUCUAUUAGAGCAUAUUAUGAGCACAAUUCGGUAAAUACAUUUAGUUUUUCAAGACCUGUAAAUAAAAAUCCUGAUGGAGUAAAAUCAUCAAAUGAGUUUUUGGAUUUAUGGACUGAAAAAACCAUAAUGGUCUCAGAAGAUCAUUUUCCAACUGUGCUUCGUCGUUCUGAAAUAAUUCAAGUUACUGUUUCUGAAGUUUCGCCAAUUGAAAAUGCAGUGUUAGCUAUGAAUGCUAAGAAUCGCGAAUUGAAAAUUUUAGAAGCCAAAUACAAUGCUUAUCUUACAUCAUCCAAGGCAGUUGGUAAAGUUAAUACGAAUCCCUUGUCCAUGUCAUUAAAUGGAGCAGUAGACGCACCUGUUAACGGUGGUGUUCCAAUGUACAAAAAAGCCUUUUUUGGUGAUGACUUUUUAGCAUCUAAUCCGGAUAAAGAAAUAUUUGUAAAUCAACUAAAAAAAGCUAUCGACGAACAGGUUGAUAUUGUUGAUAGAUGCUUGGAAAUACAUGAUCGUCUUGUGUCUACAGACAUGCGACCUUUGCAUGAUACUUUAGUUAAAUUCUUUCUGAAAAACUUCGCAGAAGAAAUAAAUCGAUUAGCAGAGAGCAGAAAUAUGGAACCAAUUGCCGAACCAAAGGUAAUGACACCACCACCUAAUCGAAUUGUAUCUACCGUGAUAUCACCGUCUCCAUCUUUCCUACCUCCACUAAAUACCAACAAACCGUUCCGCGUCACUUCUUUGUAUACGAAUUCACCUACAAACACUGAACAGACAUCACCCAUAUCACCUACAAACUCAAAUUCAUCAAUCAUAACACGAGUAGCAGCAGCAACUUUCAAUUCCUCACGUAACUCUAUCAGCACGCAAGGCAAUAUAUCAAAUAAUUCUAUAUAUACUAAACGGAUAUCUGAAUCUUCGGAAGGUAGUAGUGGGAAUAUUCCUCCCAAUAGUCCUAAUGGUGAUACAAUUACGGAAAUACCAGUUAUUGAAAAACGACAAACAACACGUAAAGGAUCAAUUGUAUUUGGUGAUAGAAGGAUGACCAUUAAAAAAGGAUGGUCUUUUAAUCGUAAUAGAAGUACGACGCAAUAA